AUGGGCUCGAGCAGCUCUGCCACCAGGCACGAUCACGUNNNNAGAAUUGCCCGUUGGGUCCGCAAUAGGGGCAAACCACGUGCCACGUUUACCCCAACGUUACACUACAAUAACACGAGUUACACAGCCCCAAAGGAGAAAGCAGCCCUAUUCCGAGAGGUCCUCCACCCAGAGCCCCCGGAGGCAGAUCUGUCAGAUAUUGGGCCACAAUAUAGAUAUCCCAAACCAUAUACGAUGCCACCAAUCACGUUAGACGAAGUCCGAACGGCAGUAACCAACGUGAAGCCCGACAAAGCACCAGGGCCAGAUGGAAUCCCCAAUCUGGUCCUACAAAGGCUGCUCCCUACUAUCGAGGCCUAUCUCUCGACAACAGUUAUCCUUUGCAAGCCUGGAAAGCCUGAUUACUCUGAUCCAAAGGCGUACCGCCCAAUAGCGUUACUGAGCACGAUUGGCAAAGCACUAGAAUCAGUGUUAGCCAGACGUCUCAGCUAUCUAGUGGAGCAAUAUAAUCUUUUACCAAAGCAACAUAUUGGAGGAUAUCGCGGCCGCUCAUGCGAACUAGCAAUCCAUCUCUUACUAGAAGAGACCCAUAGUGCGUGGAGAGAGGGCUCACGAGUAGCCUCAGGGCUUGCACUUGACGCGGCAGGGGCUUUUGAUAACGUCAAUCAUAUAAGGCUGAUACACGACCUACGAAAGCGCCAGGUGCCAGAUGACCUGAUUGGCUGGAUUGAGAGCUUUCUAAGCAAUCGCCGCACGUCAAUCACACUCCUAGAGGGCAAUAUGGGGGAAUUUCUAGUCAAUACAGGCAUUCCGCAGGGCUCCCUAUUGUCACCAAUCCUAUUCCUAUUCUUUAAUGCAGAUCUUAUUGAGCAGAUACUCGCCGAGUGCCCGGACGUGAUUGUACUUGGAUAUAUUGACGACAUCUUCAUCAUGACAUAUAGGACCUCCGCCGCAGCCAACUGCCACACACUCACCAAAGUACACCAGGUUGCAGAGCGCUGGGAGAGGACACAUGCCUCUAAAUUUGCGCCUGCCAAAUAUCAACUUACCCACUUUUGGCGGAAGCACCAAAUGGUGCCUAAGCCGAGUGGUAGGCUGGAUGUACCUCUCAUAAUCAAGGGAGUAGAAAUUAAGCCUACAGACUCAAUUAAAUAUCUAGGAGUUUAUCUGGAUACCCACCUCACUGGGGAAGUGCACGUACAGGAGAUGAGAAAGAAGGCUGCAAAACUGGUGGCAGGAUUAAGCUUAAUCGCAGGAUCGACAUGGGGAACGCCCCUGGUUCAUCUAAGGAAGAUAUACACGGCUGUCCUCCAACUACAGAUCAUAUACGCGUGCUCCACGUGGUAUAUACGAGGUGGAAGAGGGUUCACCGGUGCGCAGCGAGCUGCAGAGCAAGCUAUCCGAUCGAUCCAGGAUCAGGCUCUUCACCAGAUAUCCGGCGCGUUCAAACGUACGUCACGACAGGCCCUAGAGGUCUGUCUCCAUGUACCACCUGCAGAGCUCAUGCUCGCAAAGCUGGCUGAGGAGGCCUGCCUGCGGAUCAUGACCUCACCACUUCGAUCUACGCUUUACCAAAUACGUGGCCAAGCCCACUGUAACGACCCAUACACGUCGCCACUUCAUCGAUUGGAAACAGCCAUCAACCGCAAACUGGGGAGUGAUACUAGCCAACGCAUCGAGACAAUCUACCCCUUUGUAGUGCCACUGUGGUGGGAGCCAUCAGAAGCAAGGAUUGACGAUACCCGUGAGGAGGCUAUCAAGGCUAUUGAAGUAAUCUCAGGAAUAGAUAUAACAAUACAGUUCUUUACCGAUGGGAGCAGCUUUGACAAUGGGAUUGGGGCAGCGGUCUACUCAUCAAUAGGACAGGCUUAUAAGCUAGUAGGCUCAUCUGACACACAUACUGUUUAUGCAGGGGAACUGGAGGGAAUCGAUGCGGCAUUGGAAAUCCUACUCCGAAGCCAGCCAUGCGACGACAACCCACACGAAGCCACAAUCUACACAGAUAAUCAAGCCGCAAUACGCGCCACGUGCCAGCCAGGGCGGUCCUCUGGCAGUAUAUCCUUCGACGGAUCGUACGACACCUGGGCCUCCUACGCGACAACCGAUCUCGAUGGCGUGUACGACUACAUCAACUAUCCUUAUGGCAGUGUGUCGCCAGAGGCUACAUGCAGGCUUUGCAAAGAGGUGGAAGGAACAGUGGGAGCAUGCCAACUAUGGACGGCAUCUCUAUCGGAUAAUCAAAGCACCAACGAAGAUGGUAUUGCAGCUGCACGAGGGAUUAUGACGGGCUUGGAGUUCAGUGUUAAUCCAACUACAAACAGGUAA